AUGUCCUAAAAAGGAUACUGGUUCUCAGCUUUGGAUGAUCUGUUAAAGAUGGACGAAUUGAUGAUGAUUUGCACCCGAUGUCUUAAGGAUUUCCCAAUUAAGUAAGUAUUACUUGAGUACAUACUUAAGCGUAAAUAAACUAUGUAUUUAAAAAAUUAAGUGUGUGUAAACCUUUGA